AUGGCCGCAGUUAAGGCCUUAGAAGGUCGCACUGUUCACCAAAUUCAGUCUGGGCAAGUAAUAGUCGACCUUUGUUCCGUGGCAAAGGAACUUGUAGAAAAUAGUCUUGAUGCCGGGGCUACUGCCAUUGAGGUCCGUUUCAAGAACCAUGGUCUUGACUCCAUCGAAGUCCAAGACAAUGGGUCAGGCAUCUCCGAGAAUGAUUACGAAUCUAUUGCUUUGAAGCAUUACACGUCCAAACUUUCAACCUACAACGGUCUUUCAUCUUUAGAAACUUUUGGAUUUCGUGGAGAAGCUCUUUCUUCGCUGUCCGCGUUGUCUAAAUUUUGUAUCAUCACAGCAAAGGAGACCGAAGCCCCUAAAGGCACCAGGCUUGAUUUUGAGAUUUCCGGCCAACUGAGAGGGAAAUCGGUAAUUGCAAGUCAGAGGGGCACGACAGUGAUCGUGGAGAAUCUUUUCCAGAACCUGCCCGUUAGAAGAAGAGAGCUCGAGAAGAACAUCAAAAGAGAGUACAGUAGAGUUUUGAAUAUCUUGCAAGCAUACGCUUGCAUCAACACACAGGCGAGAAUUUCACUAAGCAAUUACAUGACUAAGGGAAAGAAGGUCGUAGUCUUUGCUACUAAAGGCAAUCAUACAACGCGUGAGAAUAUUGCGAACGUAUUUGGGGCAAAGUCGUUGACCAAUCUGCUGUCAAUGAAUCUAGCACUUGAGAUGGCACCUACCGGUACCGCAGUAAGAUCGGGUUUUGGUGCACCUGAUAAGCAAGUUCGUGCGAUCGGGCAUGUCUCUCGACCUGUCUUUGGUGAAGGAAGGCAAGCACCAGAUCGUCAGAUGUUUUUCGUAAAUUCGAGACCUUGCGGACUGCCACAAGUGGCAAAAAUAUUCAAUGAGGUCUACAAGUCUUAUAACAUGGCUCAGUCGCCAUUCGUUUUCGCUAAUAUAAUGUUGGAUACGAAUGCCUACGAUGUGAAUGUCUCCCCUGACAAGCGGACAAUUCUGCUGCACGACCAGGCAGCUCUACUGGAAGGUCUUAGAGCUUCUCUCACUGGCCUGUUCGAUUAUCAAGACCAAACCGUGCCGCAAUCGGUCCCUUCCAUCAAUCGACUCCCAUCUUACAAGCAACUGUCCCUGAGUCGUGAAAGUUCCAUGAAUAAGGAAGCAGCUUCUGUACGGAUGGCAGAUUCAGCCUCACGAGACCAUUCUGCUAGCUACGGAUCCUCUUCCGAAUCUGAUGAAGCUGUUCCAGACAAGGCGCCCCUGAAUCUGAUUGAACAGUUUGCAGCUCGAGGGACGACGGCACGUCUGGAGACCCCUAGAUCCAGAACCACCGGAGAUACCGGGACGACUGGCUUGUCUAAAGGCAAGCAGAAGUUAUUGCGGAAGCUUGACAAAGAGAACCAUAUGCACCCUGGUUCGGACGACUUUGACGAUGCGCGCGAUGUGACGGAGUCAGAUCGGCUGCAGCAAGACCUCCCAAGGGCCGUUCGGGAUUUCAAUGACCGUUUGGCCGAGCAUAUCACAAAUAGUAAUCCAGUGGAUGAGCCCGAAGCAUCAUCGAAUGAAGAAGAGGCAGCGACUACUGACAAUGACCUCGAAAGUGCACAAGCUCAACGAGCUCCGCAAUCGAGCAUUAUUCACAACGCUUUCGACCGCAUGCGUCCAAGGCGGCGAUCACCCGAAGUGCCAACAGUCACAAUUGAAUCGAAAACUACGGACUCGAUAUUUCAAUCCUUAGCAAGCGAUCAGAGAAGAACUCACCCAGGGCCAUCGCUUUCGAAGCAAGCUCAUUCUCCAGGCGAAUCUACACGCCAGGCCUUCAGUAGCAGCAUGCGGGCUUUUGCAGCUCCAGAAAGUAACUUCAUUCCAACUGUUGGUCCACCACGUAGCAAAUUACGUCCGUCGAAGCACGGGCAGCAUCAUCUGAGCCGAGUGAGGGACGGCUCAAACACCUCCGAUGAUGAAGCAGAGAGCCCAAGUCAAAUGACAGAGGACGAAAGUCUUGACGAAGCUUCUGAAGACAGCGAGCACGAGCUUAAUGCGACAGAAUCCGAUCUUGACUAUAUUGAUGAAGACGAGAAAAAGGCCAUGGAAGAGAGAAGAGUUGCAGAAAUAAUCAAAGAUGCCGAAGCAGCUAGAAUGGUACCCUCUGAAGAGAGCAGUAAACGGGCCCGUCAGGUACUCAAAGGUAGUAUCACGAAAGACUCGACACAUGAGCUAAUGCAAAAGAUCAAUACUGGGCUUGAUCAAAUAGGUCGACAGUUGAAAGCAAUCCAAGCAGCUAUUAGUCAACCCUUAGCUAUUGACACAUUAGAUUCAACCAUCAACACAACUGCCCUAAACUCGCCAUCGACUGACCCUUCCGCUCCCGACCGUCUGACCCUCACGAUAACCAAACAAGACUUCUCCAACCUUCACAUAAUCGGCCAAUUCAACCUUGGCUUCAUCCUCGCCCUACGAAACAACACAGAUCUUUUCAUCAUCGAUCAGCACGCCUCCGAUGAGAAGGUCAAUUUUGAGCACCUUCAAGCUACUACGGUGAUGCAAAACCAACGACUUGUUCAUCCACGCCGCCUGGACCUCUCCGCCGUCGAUGAAGAGAUCAUUCUUGAGAAUGAGGAUGUGUUGAUGAAGAACGGUUUUGUCGUCGAGGUUGAUCAGAGCGGUGACUUUCCCGUCGGCCAGCGUGUUUCACUGGUCUCACUACCGAUGAGUCGAGAAACGACCUUUAGGCCAUCGGAUCUGGAGGAAUUGGUUGCAAUAUUGGCGGAUGCGCCUUCAUAUACAAUCGGCGGCACGGCGAGAGGUGGUGAGCUGGAAGGCGGAGGAGUACCGAGACCGAGUAAAAUCAGGAAAUUGUUGGCCAUGAGGGCUUGUAGGAGUAGUAUAAUGAUUGGGAAGGUAAUGACGAAGGGGAUGAUGGGACGAUUGGUGGGGAAGAUGGGGAAGCUUGAUAAGCCGUGGAAUUGUCCGCAUGGUAGACCGACUAUGAGACAUGUUUGUGGGCUUGAAGGAUUAGGAGGUGACGGUGAGGAGGAGGAAGAAGUAGAGGGGGAGGGCAUCGAUUGGGGAGCGUGGGUCGAGAAAAUGGUGGGUGUGGAAGGAGGUGAGAUAGAUGGCGGCGGAUCAGAGGGGAGUCCAGUAGAUAUGGCGGGGUUUGACCAAGCAGAUGACGGCGAGAGGUAG